UGCUUUCUUGCGUAAUAUAUGUAAAUAGAACUACCAAUAUGUAUCUUUCCAAAUGACUUGUGCGGAAAAUUUGAGGCUAUUUCGUUCGAAAAAUCACUAUCGCGACUAUCAUUUAAUAAUGUGCAUAAAUCCCGACGCGCUAAUGACGUAACAUGAACGAAGAGCAAAAAUUGCCUACGUCCCGCGUCCUUGAGCGAAUAGUUCAAAUCGUCAUCACAAGCGAGUAAAGGUAGAUUGUAUGCUUAUCCCAAACAGACGAAACGAUAACGUAAAUUUGAAUCGCACUUGUAAGUAAAUGAGACCGGAGAUGGGGAAGCACAAAAAAAGUAAAUCGGAUCGGCGCGAUCGUUACGAGAAUCCGUUGGACGCGUCGCGCAGCGCCUUGGGCCUGAAGCUUAUCCUUAAGGUGGGAAACCAAGGCACACCCGAGCAUACGACAGAUUGGCCGUAUCCCAACACCACGAACAUGGGUGACGAGGUGAUGCAACAGUCUUUGAUGGGCGAUUACUUCUCCAUACAUCGUUCUCACCACAAAAAGAAUAAGAAAAAGAAGAAGAAGAAAGAUAAGAAUAAAGAUCGCGAACGUAAACAUCGGCACCACCACAAGGACAAGAAACGUAAGCGGGUGGAAUCGGGACAGGAAGAAGAGGACGGAUCCGAGCACUCAAACACGCUCCAUCCGUCCCACGUAAUCGCUAACGUGGGCAGUCCUUCGGGUCGCGAGUUACGUCAAUGUGUCCUAAGGCAACGCCAAGAACGUACGCCUUUGCAACGAGCGCUCGAGCAUCUACUUAAGAAGCUGGAGCAGCGCGACCCGCAGCAGUUCUUCGCGUGGCCCGUCACCGAUAACAUAGCGCCCGGUUACUCGGCAAUUAUCACCAGUCCAAUGGACUUCUGCACGAUGCGCCAAAAGGUCGACGAUAACCAAUACAACAAUCUCCAAGAUUUCCUCGCCGACUUCAAGUUGAUGUGCACGAACGCGAUGCAGUACAACCAAUCCGAUACGAUCUACUACAAGACCAGUAAGAAACUGUUGCACGCAGGCCUGCGAUUGGUCCAACCCGACAAAAUCGGCUGGCUAAUAACGCUCACUCCCGACGUGACGAGUCGCGAUUUGGGUUUCGAAAUCACGCCGGAGCUGCGUCAGGAGCAGCGGGUGGGCGCGGUCGAGAUCGACACGCACGACGAGGCCGAACCGGGCACGUCGACCGAGUACGUCAAGAAACGUCUGCCGACGACGAAGUUCGAGGCGAUCCCCGACGAUUUACUGCCCGAACAGAUACUGGCGCGUGCGCAGCACGCGGCGCGCGAGGCCAAGGCGAAGCUCAGCGCGAAAUCGAACACCGCCAACAUGGGAUUUUUGAGGCAACGCAAGGACGGAUCGACGUUUCUCAAUAUACUCGUCGGCGGAGACGGCGUUAUACCCGGCACGAAAAAACGGCCGGUUCUUUUGGGUUCGCUCACCGGUAAAUUGGCGGAGGGCACUAGUCAGUUGCAAGGUUUUAGGGAGGACCGGCGCAAUAUCGCCAAGCCGGUCAAGCCGUUGUAUUACGGCGCGUUCGGUUCUUAUGCGCCCAGUUACGAUUCGGCGUUCGCCAAUUUAACGAAGGAAGAAAGCGAUCUGGUGUAUCAAACUUACGGAUCUGAUACUUCUGUACAGUAUGCAGAGAGUAUUCUCGAUUUCGCGAAAGACUGUGAUUAUACGCUGCAAAUGGUGGACAGUUUGCUGGAUCUGCUGACAGGCGGCGAUCAUUCAAAAACGAAGAAAAUUUUGGAAGAGAAAAAAAUGAUGCGCGAAGAAGAGGACGCGAUCAAGACGGUUUUGGAGACGAAACCUGCCGCGUCCUCUACCGUGCCGGUCGAUAUCGACGAUUUGCGUAGCCUGAGUCAGCACGGAAUAAACGUGGACUUCCUCGACGGCAUGGAGGAGGACAUUCGCACGUUCGAGGAUUGGCAGCACCUGCAGCAGCGGCUCGACGCCAACUCGCAACUGCUGGAGUGCCUACAGCGGAAGCAAAACUCGCGAUUGUCGAUGCCGUUACCGCAACAUCUGAACAAUGUUCCGCCGCCGUCCGAAGAAGAAGUGCAACUCGCCGAGAGUGUCACCGAUAACUUGGCCGAUAUGGCGAAACGUAUAAAUCCGGGCGACAUUGCGCCGGUUCAAGGCAUUCAUAAGGCGCUGGGUGUUAGUUUGCCAUCGGAUAUGGAAGUGGGAGGGCCGGAUGUACCUGAUUUAGAAAGUGAACUGAGGCAGUUUUUGGAAAGUGAACCGUCUCUCGCCCAAUCACCUUUAAGGGAUGAUAAGACUAUCGAGGAGAUACUUAUGGAGUAAAAGAUUUUAUUUAAUCGUGCUAUUUCUGUUAUGUACGUAACGCCUAACUAAAGAACAGUGUUUUGUUUAGCAUUUACAUCAGCAAAUGUAAUUAUUUUUAAAAUUUUAAAAUAUAUGAUAAAUAUAGUCUUAA